AUGGAGAGUUAUCAGCCCCAAUUUGGUCAGAGUAAUAUUAGGCAAGCCAAGGAAAUCGCUCUUGAAAACUACUAUUCUUUGGAUGAAGUUGUAGGAUAUGUCACUGGCUUUAUCCAGGAAUGGAGCCUGACAGAAGGAAAUCAGGAGAAAGAAGCCAAAAUUGCCCUCCAGUUCCCAGACCACCUCCUUGAAGACUCCGUGGAAGUUACUAUUUGGCUAAAUGAUAAAUUUAAUGAAAUUUCAGAAGAAAUCACUCCCAAUUCGGCAGUUUUUUUCGUUCUUGGUGACACAUCUUAUGGAGAAUGCUGAGUAGAUGAGGUUAAUUCAGAGCAUUACAGCACUGACCUUAUCCUUCACUUUGGAAGGACUUGCUUUACACCUCCGAAUAGAGUCAGAGCUACCUUUGUAUUGGAAAAAUAUCCGUAUUCUCCACAAAUAUAUGAGGGAUUCGAUUUCAGCGAGGUUGAGGAUGUCAAUUACGAAAAUACUAUCUUCUUGGCUGAUUCAGGCUACCAGUACCUGUUCAGUGAGGAAACAAUCAAAACUACAUGUCCAGACAUUCACUAUUGUUAUGUUCCAGGAAAUAUCGAAACUAUUCCUGACUUGUCUUGUCAAAGAAAGGAAGCAUCUCUUGAUCAUCAAAUUAUGGGAAGACUCUCUGAUGGAAAGAAAUAUGAAAAUAUUGUCUUCCUCGCUAAUGGAGAUGUUACCGAUAACCCUACUUACAAGACUUUAUUAGUGAAUUACUCUAAUUCUCAUCAGAUGUACUGGGUUGAUCUUUCUUCUGAUAAUAAAGUUGUCAAGGCUGAGUUUAACUCUGAAGGAGCAAACUCAAUGGGAAAAUUUUUAAUGCAGAGGUACAACCUCAUCGAGCAAGCCAAAGAAGCUCAGAUCAUUGGAAUUAUCAUGGGAACUCUUUCUGUUAAAGGCCAGGAGACUGGUUCCACCAGCAUCGAUCUUCAGGGGCAAAACUUACCAAGUGAUAUCAUAAAGAAGAUCAUCGAUAAUACUGGUAGAGGUGGCUCCUCUGUGAGCCACAAGAAGUAUUAUGAGAUUCUUAUUGGAAAGCUCAAUGAGCCAAAAAUUCAGAACUUUACUAGUGUUGAUCUAUUCGUGAUCGUAGCUUGUCGAGAGAACUCUUUGUACUACAGCAAGCAGUUUGGUAAACCUGUUAUUACCCCAUAUGAACUCUGAAUCGCCCUUGGUGAUCCAGAGAGCGAAUGGAUGUCUAAAUUCCAGUGGGAAAGCAGAAUUCUUACAGACUUCGAACAAUUUAUCGAGAGAUUCAAAGGCGAAGAACUCAAAGAUGUAGAAGAAGAUGAAUAUGAGAAACAAGAGAGAGAAGAAGAGCUACAAAUUAUGGUUCAAGAGUACGGAGAACUAGCUAAUGUUUACCCUCAAGCAACCAUUGAGAGGUUUAGAGAACUCACAUUUAAAGGGCUGGAGAUGAACAGUAAUACUACUCCUGCACCCCUCCAGAAUGGCAAGUUCGGAAUUGCUGCUAACUUAGAAGAAUAUAAGAAGAUGUAGGUCUUAAUCAUUUCAAGAUCAAUUUAUUAGCAGAUUCAGUAAU